CCCCCGCCCCAGGCGAGCGCAGCAGGUGGCGCUCCGCCGGAGCCGAGCCGGGAGAGGUCGGGGAGGGGAUGCAGGGCCCCGCGGACCCUCGGCGGGCUCCCCGCCGGAGCGGCAUCCAGCAGCUGGCACGGUGCAUGGCAUACACACACAGCCUUCAGACCCGGAUUUCAGAUACCCAACAGCUGGCAAGGUCUGCCCCCUAACGCCACAGCUGGCAGGGCUGGACAAAGGGUCCCAGACCUGGCAGGUGCUCCGUCCCGGGUCCCGAAUGACACCGCCCCCGCCCCCGCCCCCGCGCGGGGGCCCAGUCUCACCAUUUCCCAUAUGCUGCCUUCCGCACCCCCAGGGUCUGUGGGUCUUCUCUUUUUGGAGGACGGGGGAGAUUAAGAAGAGGUUUGCCAGUUGGGUAGGGAGCACUAGAGCCUUCUUCAGCCCUCGCCAGGAGCCUGUCAUGCUGGUGGGGGACUCAGGCGUGGGGAAGACCUGCUUACUCGUGCGCUUCAAGGACGGGGCUUUCCUGGCAGGGACCUUCAUCUCCACUGUGGGCAUCGACUUCCGGAACAAAGUUCUGGAUGUGGAUGGCAUGAAGGUGAAGCUGCAGAUCUGGGACACAGCUGGCCAGGAGCGGUUCCGGAGCGUCACCCACGCCUACUACCGCGAUGCUCAUGCACUGCUGCUGCUCUAUGAUGUCACCAACAAGGCCUCCUUUGACAAUAUCCAGGCCUGGCUGACGGAGAUCCAGGAUUACGCCCAACAUGACGUGGUGCUCAUGCUGCUGGGGAACAAGGUGGACUCCGCCCAGGAGCGUGUGGUGAAAAGGGAGGAUGGGGAGAAGUUGGCUAAGGAGUACGGGCUGCCCUUCAUGGAGACCAGCGCCAAGACAGGCCUCAACGUAGACUUGGCCUUCACAGCCGUAGCAAAGGAGUUGAAGCAGCGCUCCAUGAAGGUCCCCAGUGAGCCUCGCUUCCGGCUGCACGACUACGUGAAGAGGGAGGGCCGAGGGGCCUCCUGCUGCAGACCCUGAACCUGACUGGGCACUGCCACUGCACAUCCUCUGGGAGGCCCCUGCAAGGCUGGACAGAGGGUCACCUGGCAGUCAACUCGAGGGCGGCCGUUUCUGGGACUCCUAGACAGAGCCUCGUCUUUCCCUAGAGCCUCAGUUCCAACAGGCUUCAUGGAGCCAGUGGGUCUGCAGCCCCUGACUCAGGGCCUUGCCCCCAAGGCCUUGAUGGAGAAGCAACGGCCUCCCGUACAGGAGACACCCCACAAUGUAAAGCCCACGCGGGGAGCCUGGUCUUGCUGCCACGGCACUCUGCUGCCCUCUCCUGGACGCGCCCGGCUUCAAGGCUGGACCCCGGUGCCAGCGCCACGUGUACAGUGCCUAACCCCUCAAAAGCCAUGUCUUCAGCGGCACCCGCUGCCCAGGCAGGGAAAGGCCGGACUCCUGUCCGUGCCUGGGGCAGAGGGCUUCGCUGCACAUCCAAUCAUGCAUCUGUGCCCCAAGGACCAAAGCUGCCAGCCCACACACUCAGAGACUCUGGUUCAAACAUCAGCAGGGUCUUCCUCUCGUGUUGCCUGGAGGACGCCAAGUUUGCGGCUUUCUAAUACACGAACGGCAUGUGGGAAAUCAGAAACCGUCAGGGAAACUAGAACUGCCAGCCCAGCUGAGGCCUGUGCAGAGUGAGGUCAAGCCAGGAGUCUGGCAGUGUGCUCCAGCUCAUAGGUCUUUAGGUUAAGAGUCUUUGUUUUCAGUUCUGGUGAAUAAAGUUGUGUUUUCUGGA